AGCUAACAGAGUGUCUUUGAUGGCGUUAUCAUAUGUUUCUCUUCCACACUUGCUUUGUGCGACAACGCCAUCGAACCCAAACUCCAUCACUGUAAAAUUCAAACACUGUCGCAAAGCUUUGACUUCUACUUCCUCACCACUCUUCUUCCGUUCCAUUCCGAAUCCAUUUUUCAACGUUCGAGUUCCGCGGGCCAUUGGGCCUGAUGGCAAGUUUUACCCAAGCCCGGCCGACGACGACCCACCGGAGGCAGCUGAAGAUUCCUCUCACGGCUUCUCCACGUUCCAGCAAAUUCAGCGCCAAGCCGACCGCGCGCGCCAACUUCAAGAAGAAGAUUUCAAGAAGAACCAAUCCACUUACCUUGCGGCCAUCGCCGACGUCGAAGAUGCUCCCGACGGGGAAGCUCCCGACGACUCACCCGCGGAGGAUUUGUUCGGCGAAAUCGACAAAGCCAUCGCGCUCAAGCGCAAAGAGUUCGUUCGCCAGGGGCUUCUCGAACCUAAUCCCAGGAAAGAGCAACAACUCUCCGUCGCCGUCGGCGAAGACCUUCAACCUGAGGAGGUCGUUGAUUUGGAGGAGAUUGAACGCCUCCAGGGACUCACAGUUCUUUCCGACGAUAUUCCCGGCGAAUUCGACGACGGAGGAAACGGAAAUGGAGGUAUGAAACCUGCGUCUCCAUUCGAAAUUGAUUUUGAAAGUUACGGAAAAAGUAGGGCUAGGAUUGUGGAAGCUAGGUUUAGGAUGAGUUUGGCUGAGCUUUUAGAUGAGAGUAAGGUGGUGCCCGUCUCUGUGUAUGGUGAUUUGGAAGUUGAAAUCACUGGGAUUCAGCACGAUUCUAGGAUUGUUACUGCUGGUGAUUUGUUUGUUUGUUGUGUUGGGCAAAAAACCGAUGGGCAUUUGUUUUUGUCUGAGGCUGAUAAGAGAGGUGCAGUUGCUGUUGUAGCUAGUAAAGAGAUCGACAUUGAGGAUACUUUGGGUUGCAAGGCUUUGGUUAUUGUGGAAGAUACUAAUGCUGUUCUUCCUGCCUUGGCUGCGUCGUUUUACAAGUAUCCUUCCAAGAACAUGGCUGUUAUUGGGAUAACUGGGACUUAUGGCAAAACGACUACCACCUAUUUGAUCAAAAGCAUGUAUGAAGCGAUGGGGCUGCGCACUGGGAUGUUUAACUCGGUUGCUUCUUAUGUUCAUGGGGAUAAUAAAUUGGACUUGCCUAACAUGGCCCCUGAUGCUGUUUUGGUUCAGAAUUUGAUGGCAAAAAUGCUUCAUAAUGGAACUGAGGCAGUGGUCAUGGAGGCAGCUUCUCAUGGGUUGGGUCAGGGAAAGUACGAGGAGGUUGAUUUUGAUAUUGCGAUUUUCACUAAUUUGAGUCAGGAGGGUGAUGGAGAAGCACAGGCUAAACUGUUCUCGAGAAUGGUGGAUCCUGAGCGGCACAGGAAGGUUGUUAACAUUGAUGAUCCCAGUGCACAGCUGUUCAUGUCACAGGGGAAUCCAGGAGUUCCGGUUGUGACAUUCGCCUUGGAAAAUAAGAACGCAGAUGUUCAUCCCUUGAAGUUUGAACUCUCCCUGUUUGAGACACAGGUGUUGGUUAAUACACCCACGGGGAUACUUGAAAUUUCAUCGGGUUUGCUUGGAAAGCAUAAUAUUUACAACAUUCUUGCUGCUGUGGCAGUUGGCAUUGCUGUUGGUGCACCCUUAGAGGACAUUGUUAGAGGGAUUGAAGAGGUUGAUGCAGUUCCUGGCAGGUGUGAGUUGAUUGAUGAGGAACAAGCUUUUGGGGUGAUAGUGGACUAUGCUAGUAGUCCUGAUGCAUUAUCUAGGUUGCUUGAUUCUGUAAGGGAGCUUGGACCUCGCAGGAUUAUAACUGUCAUUGGUUGCUGUGGUGAGGAUGACAGGGGGAAGAGACCUGUCAUGACCAAGAUAGCAACAGAAAAAAGUGAAGUGACUAUGCUGACAUCUGACAAUCCCAAGAAUGAAGAUCCUUUGGAUAUAUUGGAUGAUAUGUUAGCUGGGGUAGGAUGGACAAUGCAGGACUACCUGAAAUAUGGAGAGAAUGACUACUAUCCACCUCUUCCAAAUGGUAAUAGGCUUUUUCUCCACGACAUUAGGAGGGUAGCUGUGCGAGCUGCAGUUGCAAUGGGAGAGGAGGGGGAUGUGGUUGUUGUCGCUGGCAAAGGCCAUGAAACAUAUCAAAUAGAAGGUGAUAAGAACGAUUUCUUUGAUGAUCGAGAAGAGUGCCGAGAGGCAUUGCAGUAUGUCGAUGAGCUUCACCAAGCUGGAAUAGAUACAAGUGAAUUUCCAUGGCGGUUACCAGAGAGUCAUUGAUUCUAAAGGAUGUGGUGAUAAGUAUUGAUUACUGCGUUACUUGCUCGCUGUGUACAAAUCGAGCAAAAGGGCCUUUCCAUGAUCGAAGGGCUCUCUUUCUUUGGGAGAACAUUGGAAACAACCAGGAAAAAAUGGCCUUCUCAGUUUGAGUGGCAAUAGCUUUCAGAUUCCAGCCGAAAAUUGCAAGGUCGGCAUAGUACAGUUUAUCCAACCGUAUAUUUUGUUUAUACAAAUGUAGUCAUAUUCUUUUUCCAGGCCUCUAUUGUCCUUUCCACUGUAAUUCUACGUCCUCUAACUAAAUUAUUGAAAAGUGAUGCAAUAGUCAGCUUCCUCUUACCAAAUUCAAGUCUUUAUUCUUAGAUUAAGAUAGUUUCUAUACGCACUUUCUUCCUACACAGCUACGUGUCCGCGUUAUUUAUGAUAUGUCUUGUGAGUUUGUGUAUCAAGUUCAUGUAUUUUCUCUUCGAUUAAUUAUUUUUAUCUUUUUUAAAAUCAAUACAUAAAUUUAGACAUG